GGACAAGACAUCAAAAGAGGGAAUCGGGGCAGACGUGUAUGUAUGCAUCGCCGGCACACUCGCAUCGCAAACCAUCGUGCUUCUCUCGCAGUCACGCGAAUGUCAACACUGCUUCAAGACACAAACGGCACAGACACACACACACACAGACAUUCACAGGUGUGGUGUGGUGUCUCAGCGAGAGAGUGUAGUCUGCCAACGCAGCGCGUACGUCGUUUCGGCGUCGAGAAGUGUGGACAGAUGUCGGACGGCGUGAGCCCAUUGAUGAGCUGCCGAUCCACCGCUCUCGCGAAAAAGAGCAGCAGCUGAGACAUGGCGGAUAUCACCUGGAAACCAUGCGACACAGAUCUCUCUCUCUCUCUCUGUGUGUGUGUGUGUGUGUGUGUGUGUACCAUGGCCACCAUGUUCAACAACAGGACGGUGACAGAUGUCCUGAGCACGCCAGGUCCCGAUUGGCACCUGCAUAUAGGCAAAUUGUUCCAGCGAAUAAAAAUCUGUUAGCACAUCACACACAUCCAGAGGGAGACGGGCACAGCGACACAGCACAGUGGGUGACAUUCUGUCUGCCCUCUAGCUUUCUGUCGCAGCUGGCUGCUAUGUGUUGUGUGCACUGCACUGACUAUGUACAGGAUGGCCUCGAGAAACGACUCCACUGCGAUGAGGCAGACCAGGAGAGAAAGGUCCUGCGCCGCGCCACCCCAAGCGGCCAUACAUGUUGAUUGCACAUCUAUAUGAGGUAUGGCCAUCUAUCCAUUGUGUGUGUACCUCGAGAAGAGACACGAUGGACGGGUACACAAUCUGCCGUAUCGUUAUGACCAUCAGGUUUGUAAACAGGAAUAACACCGUCUCGCAGAAGCUGUAGAUCAGGAUUGCUGAGAAAAAGGGAGAUAACAAACAAAGAUAUGCAACACAAACAAACGUCACACGCGAUGGAUGGCACCCCCCUCUCGUGUGUAUUCCUCUGGUGUGUGUUUCCAGGUACCUACUCAUGCACAAGCUGUGCAAGUAUCUCGGGCUGACGACACGUUUGACAAGGGCCGUCUGCAGGUUGAGCGACGCAGACCGGGAGAACGACUUGGAGGACUCCACGAUGAUCAUGAGGCUCGCCAGGGUGGUCCGCUUCCGUACGAUGUGAUUGGGCGAAGAGGACUCCUCUUCAGCCAUCGCCGGCGCGUCUCUUCGUGUCUCCGUCUCGGGCGGCCGGCCACAGACCGAGUGCUGCACGGCUCGCUUGACCGCGAGGUAGAGGAGGAUGGAGUAUGGGAUGCAAAUAUCGCCGAUCAGGUCGAUGAGCGCGAGAAACAGUGAGGUGAGGAGGCGGUGGCCGAAGGCGUCCAUCCGGGCUUGAACGACUCUUGGGAUGGCAAGGUAGAUUAUGGUGGGCCAGGCCACAAUGGCCAUUGAGCGCGUCGGGUUCCCUUGCUGCCGUGCAGAGGGAGGCACACGACACCGACAGAAAGCAGGUGUUCACACGUUCACUCACGCAGCUUUCAUUGAUGUGUCUCCUCUGCCCACCUCACCCACCUUGAGAUUCCUUGCAGCUUUGGUUGCCAUGGCCAUGAAGGGAUACAUGACAAUCAACGACUGAAAUGCCACCCAGCCCCUCUCCCUGUCGCUCUGUGCGUGAAAGGCUGCGGGCAGAAUGAUGAACCACCACAGAAGACUUAUGCUAAGCCCCAUCAAGCACACGAACGACAUCCGAGCAGCGUAAGCACGCCGCUUCUCGAGCUUGGUCAGCUCUCCGACCUGCAGCAAGGACAUGUAGGGCGCGAAAAGGGAGCUCGUGAGCCACCACAGCGGGCCCAGCAGGUACUUCCGCCAGGGGUCCAGCUCUGGGUAGCAGCUGAGCACCGAUAUGCCCACAGCAGCGGCAAGUGCGGGCAGGUAAUAGAACCACGUGCGCCAUAUACGGUACAUGACGAGGUGUGGAUACGGCCCCUCGAUAAUGAUGGCGAAGUACACUGCGAAAGUCCCAAGGACUAUGGCGCGGUUGGCGAUGUCGACCACAGCCCACCCAGCCGGCGGAAGCUUCGCGUCGACGCAGAGGUAGACAUAUCCGAUGCAGACCGCGACGCUGACGGCGGCGAUCCCGAAAGAGACGGCUGUCUGGACGGCAAGGGCCCUCAUGACUCGCCUCACUGUGGAGAGGAAGGGUUCUGGAACGAACUUGGUGCCAAUCAACCUCUCCCGACCAUCUUCCUGUCUCUCGUACUGGAGGAUAGUCUCAAACUCCUCAAAGGCGGCCUGGUCCCAGCCCGCAGCUGCCCUGAACUCCUUCACCAGCAACUUAAUCGCCCGCUCCUCCUUCCGCAUCCCACGGCCCUCCUCUGUGCAAGAGGGCGAGUUCGACGCAGCGCUGUCGUCUGGCGGCGCGAUGGUGUCGUCUCCGGCGCUCUCAUAAGAGAAACGGCGCCCUCGGUGGUCCCUUAUGGCCUCCCUCAUAAUCUGCAUGUUGUCCGUGAAGGCCGUGCUGCUGUGAGAGAGCGUCGAACCAUAUCGGCGGGGGGCCUCCGAUUUCUCACUUUCGCCGCCCGCUUGGUGUUCUUCUGCGGCUCCGUGUUGGCCAACGUCGUCGAAUGAGUCCACACGUUGUGGCGCACUGAGCUCAGAGCGGCUGCCGGUGGGAUGGUCACUGCCCACAUCGCCUCUGAUCUGCGUGAUGCGCACCGAGUGGAGCCGGGGGCGGGAUGCACGACCGGGAGGCGUGCUGUGGGAUGGAAUUCCGUUGUUCUCGCUCAUUCUCCGAGUCGUUGUUUGAAAUUCG